UAUAAAAUUUGUUCAAUUUCAAUUAUUCAUUCUUUUCACGGCACGCCUAUCGGGCGAUGCAUUUUAAACUGUGAUGGCUCUUUUGCACACUAUAGUUUAUUCAUCAAUUUUAUGAUAAUUAAUUUUCAUCGUGAUCGCGUAGUGUAAUUUAGAUUUAAUUAUUUAUUUCUAAGCUUCUCUUGAAAAUGGCGAAUCAGUCCCAGAAAACUGUAUACAAGCUAGUGCUUACCGGAGGGCCUUGCGGCGGAAAAACCACCGGCCAGUCACGUCUUAGUACUUUCUUCGAAAACUUGGGAUGGAAGGUGUUCCGGGUGCCGGAAACGGCUACCGUCCUCUUAAGUGGUGGUGUGAAGUUUGUAGAUCUCAGCCCAGAGGAAGCAAACAAAUUCCAAGAGAAUUUGUUGAAGACCAUGAUACAAAUUGAGAACACCUUCUUUGAGUUGGGCAGGACGUGCCAGCGUAACUGUCUGAUUAUAUGCGAUCGAGGAGCCAUGGACGCUAGUGCAUUUAUUUCCAAAGAAAAAUGGGAGGCUAUGUUAAGUGCGAAUAACUGGAACUGUGUGGAACUACGCGACAACCGGUAUAACCAUAUAGUUCAUAUGGUAUCGGCAGCAAACGGUGCUGAAGACUUCUAUUCAACUGAGGAACACGCAUGUCGCUCCGAAGGCGUAGAGUUGGCCAGAGAGCUGGAUUACAACGCGGCAGCAUCGUGGGUUGGACAUCCCUAUUUCGACGUUAUCGAUAACUCCACAGACUUCGACAAGAAGAUGAAUCGUCUGAUCGCUUGCGUCUGCCAACGUAUAGGCAUAGACACCGGUGACAGACUAAACGUCAACGCGAAGAAACGAAAGUUUCUCGUCAAAUGCCCACUUCCGGUGGAUGCAGAGUUCCCGAAAUUUCAGGACUUCGACGUGGAACACAACUACUUACAGAGCGACUUCCGUAAAGCGCAGGUGCGGUUAAGAAAGCGUGGGCAAAAGGGCCACUGGUCUUAUAUCCACACUAUGAGGAAAUUCCACCCGAAUGGUCAGUCGGUGGAAGUGAGGACUCAGCUAACUCACAGAGAUUACCUGAAUAUGCUUCCGCAACGCGAUGACGCCCACUUCACGAUAUUCAAGAAACGCCGCUGCUUCAUCUACAAUAACCAGUAUUAUCAACUGGAUAUUUACAGACAACCCACGCAUCCAAGGUGUCGCGGAAUGGUUCUGCUAGAAACGUAUAGCGCUGCGUACGAUCAAGACGCACUUUUGGCAACUUUGCCUAAGUUUUUGACAAUUGAGAAGGAGGUUACGGGUGACCCAGCAUACUCUAUGUAUAAUUUGUCAUUAAAGGAAGAUUGGAAAACAUCAAAAAGGUACUACGCCGGGUCUGGCGCGAACGGACAAGCUAGAAGAAAAGAGAAACUAAAUGGACAUUCUGAUAAACUUCACGAUGGUGACACUAAAAUGAAUAGUCACGGAAAAAUAAGUGGAUGUGAAGAAAAAAUUAAUGGGCAUUCUGAUCAUAAAUUAAAUGGUCACAGCAAGAUGAAUGGGCACGGACCUUUUAAAAUAAAUGGUCAUGGACCAAUAAAUGGAAUUUCAAGUCUCCAUGAUAGUGAUAUGGAACAUCUCAAGACAAACACUAUUCAUGUCUCGUCACCAAAGAUGAAAAAAGUUGCUAUUAAGACAUAGAAUUAAAUUAUUUAUAUAUAGAUGUAAGAUCUUUUUGUAAUAUUCCACUUUGUAUUGAUAUUGUACACCAAAUUCAACGCGUACUUAAUGCAUGGCAAUGUGACUAUAAACGCCAAAUAACAUUCUAUUUUUAUAAUACCGUUAGUAGAAUAUUUUUUCAUAUGAAAUUAUCAACUGUAUUUGAAAUAUUUUGUUCUGUGCCUUCUAUUUGUCGUGUAGAUUACUCCACAGUGGGUAUAGUAUAACUGUACACUUGCCUUUAUGAAAUACAGUAUUUAAUGUUUAAAUAUAUUUUAAUAGUAAUUACAUUGCAAUAAUUCAAAUUAAGCCAUGCAGUAAUUAAAUUAGCAAAGAUUAAAUUACGAAUAGUUCGAAUUUCGUCAAAGUUUUAAAUGUCUUGAUGUUGUGACGUCACUAUAGUUUUCUCUGCUUUAGUGGCAUAGACAUUGCCAUGAUGAAAAUUGUUUCUCAUUAGUAUUAGACACAUUGUUACUACAACAGUAGGUUUUAGAUUAGAAUAUCCAAAAAUAUUUACAGCAAUAAGGCUUAUGUAACUGGCAUCAUGCCAGGGAAACAAUGUGUAUGGCUGUGCAGAUGUUUUAUUGAAAGAGCUAUCACUGCUUCAUAUUUACAAAACAUGCAAGUGUGUUGCAUCAUAAUAUUUUAUCUAUUAUUUUAGAUAUGAUUUUGUUAAGACCCAGUGCAAGAUUUUGUAAGAAUCUUGCAUGUAAAUCAAAUGUUUUACAAGCAUUGUUUCGUAAAUAAAAACAGUUUUAAAUA